AUGGAAGAAAUAAUUAUCGGUCAAGACUACGAUGUUGAUAUUCCUCAAGCCGAAAUAAUAAAAACUAAUUAUGAUCCCCUUAGUGAAGGAGCAAUCAACGAGAAAGACGCUAGCAAACCUUCAAUCCCAAGCAUUAGUUCUAUUGCCGAGGCACAAAUUGAAAAUAGUGCUCCUUCUGAGACUUUGCAAAUGGAAUGCGAGUUAGAACAAGUUCCGAACUCAAUGUAUAAUAUAAAUACUGUAACAAAUAAUAUAACCAUUGACGAUAUACCGAGACCUAUUCUUCAAAAUAAAAAUAAAAUUGAGAUACACGACAUAUUAAUAUUACCAAAAUGGAAACCUAAUAUAAAAACACGACAAAAGAGAAAUGUUCCCAAAGCUCAGUGCUCAACACCGGUCGCCACAACAUCAUCUACAAACGUAUCUUUAAGACAUGUCCGCCGAACAACUUUUAAAAAAGAAGAUCAAAAAGUGAAAGAUCGGCGAACACCACAACCAAACUUAAGAAAACAAGUAAAAGAAAACGUCAAACAAACUUCUCAACCAUUAAAUAGAUUAAAAUCUUCAAUCUCGGAUGAUGAAUGGGUUUGCCGAUCUUGCAAUGGGCUGUACUCACAAGAUGUAAAGUUACAAAAUGGAGCCGACUGGAUUACAUGUUCUUUCUGUACUAAUCCUUAUCAUAUCCAUUGCCAAAGUCAAAUUAUAGGUGAUAACCAAGAAGUUUUUAUGUGUGAUAGUUGCAGCAUUGAUGAAUCUAGUGGUGAAGAGUAA